AUGGCCACUCGUAAGUAUUUAAGCUGGAGAAGGCCACUGGUGCGAGCUGGCGUGGUAACACUGUUCAACAUUAAGUCGAACGCUGGUUGGACGGACUCUAGUUUCACAUCGUUGUUGGAAGUUUUAGCUGAGAUGCUCCCUGAAGGAAAUGAACUGCCAAAGUCGUACUAUUAUGCGAAGAAGUUGAUGUGUCCUUUGGGUUUAGAGUACGAGCGGAUACAUGCUUGUCCUAACGAUUGUGUGCUUUAUCGUAAUGAGUAUGAGCAUUUACAUGAGUGUCCACGUUGUGGAUUGUCGAGGUACAAGCGUGAAGGAGCUGGAGGUAGUGAAGGACCACCAGCCAAGGUGUUGUGGUAUCUACCCAUAAUACCUAGAUUUAAGCGCAUGUUCUCAAUGAAAGGAGAUGCGAAGAAUUUGAGGUGGCAUGCAGAUCGUAGGAAGAAAGACGGUCUGCUCAAGCAUCCGGCUGAUUCGCCUGAGUGGAAAACUAUCGACAGGGUGCAUAAGUCAUUUGGUAAUGAGGAUAGGAAUCUGAGGCUUGGAUUAUGUACGGAUGGCAUGAACCCUUUUGGCAAUCUCAGCUCGCAGCAUAGCACAUGGCCAGUAGUUUUAGUGGUUUAUAACUUGCCUCCUUGGUUGUGCAUGAAACGCAAGUACAUGAUGUUGUCGCUUCUUAUAUCGGGGCCCAAACAACCUGGAAAUGACAUAGAUGUAUACCUUCAGCCGCUUGUUGAAGAUUUACAGAAGAUGUGGAACGAAGGAGUGUUAGUAUUUGAUGCGUAUGCUAAUGAGAUGUUCACUCUGCGUGCCAUGCUUUUUUGUACUAUGAACGAUUAUCCAGCUUAUGGGAACUUAUCUGGGUAUAAGACUAAAGGAAAACAACCUUGCCCGAUUUGUUUAGAUGACAUGAAAUCUACACACCUUAAGGGCUGCAAACAUGUGUAUAUGCGCACACGAAGGCUCCUCAGCCGCGACCAUCCCUAUCGGUUUAAG